UUUCAAUAGAAUGGAAUUGACUACUUGAAGAUAUUCGUUAGCGCAUCCACCAUAUAUUAUGUUGAAAUCUUACCGAAGUAAGAUGACCAUCUUCCUCAUCCCUUUGAUUUAACACAAGCUGUAUAUUAUGAUUAUCAAAACUCUCUUUCUUUGCUAGGAUUCGUCAACUCUUAUAAUAUUUCAUUUCUACUACAAAUUCAAACGAAUCUGGAUUGUUGAUUUCAUAUCCUUGGAUACAUAUAUACCUUAACAAGUUUUAUCAAUACAGGGUUCAAUAGAAUCAAAGGAUGUCGUAAUUUAUUAAAACGUUCAACCAUAUACAAAACUCAUCGGCAUCUUAGAAAUGAACAAAAUUUUAUUUCCAAACACUAUAAAUAUAAAUACCAUAAAAUGUUAUCAAAUAGAAGAAGGAUUCUUCUGCACUGAAUCCAAAAUAAGGUGUCAAAACUUUGGAGAAUGGUGCAUACACUUACCUAGAAGCUUGAAGGAACUAUGUAUCCAAUCAAUUGCUGAUAAUUGGGAAGACUUUGCUCAGGUGGAUGACAUAUGCUUGCCAGAGGAUAAAUGCAUGCUCUUAAAUAUACUCCCAACAAACUUACCUCUACAUUUGACAGUUCCUAUUAUCAAAGAUAAUAUUUAUUGGAAAAAAUGUGCACUAUUGAGAUGGCCCCAAAAGAUGCCAAUGAAUAUAACAGACAGCGGUAUGUUUAUUUUCAAUUCUCCUAAUAGCAAGGAAGAAAAACAUGAAGAUAAAGAAGAUUUACAAGUAGAUGGAGAAAAAAGUUACAACAGUGAAAUUGAUGAAAGUUCUUCAGUCAAUAGUUUGUUACCUUAUGACAGAAAGACCUGGAAAGAGUAUUAUUUAGAAAAUCAUAUAAAAGAAUAUUUAGAGAAAAUGGAACCUGCAGAAUAUGAUCCAGAACAGAUGAAGAAAAUCUGCGAUAUAUGUGGUCCUUUUGUGAGAACCCUUAAUAUCGAAGAAUUACGAUGUACAAAUAAUGAGGAAGGCAGUUUGAGAAUACCAUUGGGUUCUGUCCUUACUGGCCUACCAAAAUUGCAAGAAUUGUCAGUUUGUUUCAAACAGAAAUACAUUGGUUUCGAGAAUUUCAGUUGGAAAAUGGUGCAGUUGCCUUCUAAAGACAUCAAAAAUUUGGCAAAGGGUUUAGAGAAGACAAAAUUACAAACUUUAAGAAUCAUCAAUUCAAGUAUAGAAGGUAACCAGUGUAUUCCAAUUUUGAAGUCUUUGCAGAAAUAUGAAUGUCUGAAUGUUUUGGAUUUCUCUUAUUGUAAUUUAAAUGAUGAAGGCACAAUUUCUGUCUGCAAAUUCAUCACAGAGAUGAAUAUCAAAGAGCUUUUACUCAUUGAUAACAAUAUCGGUGAAGAAGGCGCAGAAGCCAUAGCUUACAUACUUCAUCGUCGUGAAUGUACUCUAGACUAUCUCAAUAUAAAAAUGAACCUCAUUGGUACAAAAUGUGGUAACCUGAUACUGAAGUCUUUGUUGCUGAAUAAGAAAUUGAAAAUAUUGGAUUUGAGUGCCUGUAAUAUCAAAGUCCAAGAAAUAAUAGCUGAAGUUCUCCGCAAAUGCGCAUCGCUAGAAGAAUUACGUUUAACAAAUAAUCCUAUUGGUGAUGACAUCGGAAAUAUUAUACUCAGUAAUAUAAACAGUAAUAGAACUCUGAAAAAAAUUGAUUUGAGAAUGUGCCUCAUUCAUUCUGAACUGCAGCAGAAAAUAAAUGAUAAAAUAAGAGAAUUAUCUAGAUCCAAUAUGUUCAGUUUUGUUGAAGAGAAUGAUUUUAUUAUAGAAUUCAGCGAAAAAUGUAAAGAAAAUUUUGAAAAGACUUUAGGCAACUCCUUAUAAAUGAACUUCAUCAGAAUAAUUCAUUGAAUAUACUCAUUUAUCUCACCAAUUUAUCUUCGUGUAAUUGUGAAAUUUACUAUACAUACAAAUAAUCUCGAUUGAAUUAGUUUUUUCAUGAUACCCAUCAUAUAUUUUUGUUUUUUUU